GUGCGUGUGUGCAUGUGUGUGUGCCAGAGGAGGGGAGUGAAGAAGCAAGUGAGGCGGCAGGGGCAGAGAAGGGAGCUUGCUUCGCGCACCGCUGUCAGAAGCAGAGCGUACGAGCAGCGCGGCGGCUGCUGUGCGAUUUAAGGGGCUUUGUUCACUGCACUCCUGAAAGGCAGCUAUGACACCUUACUGCUGCCUCUGUAUGUUCUUGCUUGUUGGAGCAAAGGUCAUUCACGACUCUUUGGAAGAUCACGUUUCUGGAGUUGGUGUCACAUGCCCCCUGGGCUACUUUCCGUGCGGCAACAUUACAAAGUGUUUGCCUCAGCUACUUCACUGCAACGGUGAGGAUGACUGUGGGAAUCAGGCUGAUGAAGACAACUGCGGAGACAACAACGGAUGGUCUCUACAAUUUGAUAAACAUUAUGCAAAAGACAGAUACAAUGAAAUGAAAUCUCCAUAUGCAUUUCAGACCAAGACACCUGAGUGCUUGGCUGAUUCUGUGCCAGCAGAAUGUAUGUGCCAAGGGCUAGAGAUUGUCUGUGAUGGUGCCAAAUUACGUGCUGUCCCUUCCGUCUCUUCAAACAUAACCAUGAUGUCUCUUCAGUGGAAUCUGCUAAGGAAACUUUCUGCCGAUGUUUUCAAGAAAUACCAAGACCUUCAAAAUCUGCAUCUUCAGAAUAAUAAAAUUAGAGCUGUAUCUGAACAUGCUUUCAGAGGUUUAUAUAAUUUGACAAAACUAUAUCUGAGUCACAACAAGAUAACCAGUUUGAAGCCUGGUGUUUUUGAAGAUCUCCAUAAACUAGAGUGGCUGAUAAUUGAAAAUAAUAGGAUCAAUCGGAUCUCUCCGUUAACAUUUUACGGACUCAAAUCACUUAUUCUUCUAGCGAUGAUGAAUAAUUCUCUUGCUCGUUUGCCCGAUAAACCUCUGUGCCAAUACAUGCCAAGACUAAACUGGCUAGAUCUUGAAGGCAACCAUAUCCAACAUUUAAGAAAUGUCACUUUCAUCUCCUGCAACACUCUAACUGUACUGGUGAUGAGACGAAAUAAAAUCAUCUCUUUAAAUGAAAACAGCUUUUCUUCUCUCCAGAUGUUAGAUGAAUUAGACCUGGCUAGCAACAAGAUUGAGUCACUUCCUCCAUAUAUAUUUAAGGAUCUAAAGGAGCUUUCACAACUGAACCUUUCUUAUAAUCCCAUCAAGAAAAUACAAAUGGACCAGUUUGAUUUUCUAAUUAAACUCAAAUCCCUCAGCUUAGAAGGCAUUGAAAUUGGAAACAUUCAGAGAAGAAUGUUCAGACCCCUUAGAAACCUUUCCCACAUAUAUUUUAAGAAAUUCCAGUACUGUGGAUAUGCCCCUCAUGUACGCAGCUGUAAGCCUAAUACUGAUGGCAUUUCUUCCCUUGAAAAUCUUUUAGCUAGCAUUAUACAGAGAGUGUUUGUCUGGGUUGUCUCUGCCAUCACUUGCUUUGGAAAUAUCUUUGUUAUCUGCAUGAGGCCUUACAUCAGAUCUGAGAAUAAACUCCAUGCCAUCUCAAUAAUGUCUCUCUGCUGUGCUGACUGUCUGAUGGGAAUAUAUUUAUUUGUGAUUGGAGCUUUUGAUCUUAAAUAUCGUGGAGAAUACAACAAGCACGCUCAGUUAUGGAUGGACAGUAUUCAUUGUCAGUUGGUGGGAUCGUUGGCUAUUCUGUCUACAGAGGUGUCAGUUUUACUGUUGACUUACCUGACUUUGGAAAAAUACAUCUGCAUAGUUUAUCCUUUUAGGUGUUUGAAGCCCAGAAAAUGCAGGACAAUUUCCAUUUUGGUUCUUAUCUGGAUAAUUGGAUUUGCUGUUGCUUUCAUUCCACUGAGCAAUAAGGAAUUUUUCAGGAACUACUAUGGCACCAAUGGCGUCUGUUUUCCUCUUCAUUCAGAAAAAUCAGAAAGUUCAGGAAGUCAGAUUUAUUCUGUUGUCAUUUUUUUAGGUGUAAAUUUGGCAGCUUUUAUCAUCAUUGUGUUUUCCUAUGGAAGUAUGUUCUACAGUGUUCACCAGACAGCUAUUACAGCUACCGAAAUUCGGAAUCAUAUUAAAAAAGAGAUGACCCUUGCUAAACGUUUUUUCUUCAUUGUAUUUACUGACGCACUAUGCUGGAUACCCAUUUUUGUUUUGAAACUCCUUUCUUUACUUCAAGUAGAAAUACCAGGUACCAUAACUUCUUGGGUGGUGAUUUUUAUACUACCCAUAAACAGUGCUUUGAAUCCUCUUCUCUACACUCUGACUACACGACCUUUCAAAGAAAUGAUUCAUCAGGUCUGGUAUAAUUACAGACAAAGAAGAUCCAAAAGAAGAAAAGGCAGUCAAAAAACAUAUGGUCCAUCAUUCAUUUGGAUAGAGAUGUGGCCAAUGCAUGAAAUCACACCAAAGCUAUCGAAGCCUGUUCUUUGUACAGACUCCUCUGAGGCAUCAGUGACUACACAGUCAACCAGACUAAAUUCAUACACAUAAACACAUUAUGAACCUUCACAUACGUGGAUUUACUGCUUUAUAGCAAUGAGGAAAAUAACAAGGGAGGGGACACACUGACUCACCAGAACCAGCAGUCAAAGCAGGAAGAAAGUAAAUCAAUGUGUCUACUUGCAGGGAGAACUGAUACAAAAAUAAUUUUUUCGUCUUGCAACAGUUCCUGACCUUUUGACAACUCAUCCUUGAUCAGGAUGAAAAGUUAAGUCUCUUUUUAUUCCUCCUCCACCUCUCAAACCAAGUGAGAGACUGACAAAUAGAGGCCUAUCAGUCUUAAUAGUUGUCAUGCCAUCUAAGUUUUAAUCACCUUGUGCAUCAAAUUGAAUGCAUUAUGGUUAAAAUAAUUUAGGGAAUGCAAUCAUUGAGCACUUGAGUAGUACUGUACUCCCCAGUGUUACAAGGUAAAAUCAUUUUACCUCACCUAAAACAAUCAUCUUUGUACAUAGAAGAAGGUAUAAGGACACAAACGGAGGCAAUUUAUUCACUUAUUUACUGAAAAGAACAUUUUCCACUACCAAUUACUAUGACUUCCUUAGUUCUCCUCUAAUACCACACUCAGUCCAAUGGCCUAGCAGCCCAAGAAAAAGAAAUGCCUCUUCUGCAUUGAUGAUCUUGAAGUUCUUUAAAAGAAAGUUAAAAGUUACUUCUAGUAUUUGCACUUAACUUCUUAAGUAUGUAAGAAGCUGAAUUAAAACUUAGUGUGACUCACACUUUAACUGUUUACAGAAUUUUGGAUCAUCUUGAAAUCAAAAUUUGUUGAGCAUCUUGUUUCCACUACUGUAUAUUUUAUUUCAAUAAAGCAUGAUCUGCUGAUCAAAGUGACUUCUUUUCCAAGUUGUUUAGGGUACUGGAAAAAAUAGCUCAGUGAAUUCCUGCAAUGUGGAUUGCCCUUUUAAUUAUCAUAGAAGCUCAGCAUUCUCAAUGACAAUAACUGCUUUUUAUAAGGAAUGUUAAGGACACCUGUCCUUACCACUACUUCUGUUUUCACUUGAAGUUGAUUAUGGAUGUAUUCAGUAUUUUUUUGUUUCCUACCAGUACCUUAAGAAUAUUAGUUAGUUCCUAAUUUGGUGUAACAUCUUUAUUCUUUUGAUAACAAAACUACGGUUUGUCUUUUAAAAAUCCUCCUACCAGUGACAAUUAGGCUUGCUACAAGUCACGGUACAGCCACAUUCUCCUGAAGCUUCCCCUUGCAUUUCAGCAUUAUUUUUUCACAUUACUCUGGUAAGGGAUACAGAAGUUUCAAUGCAACUAUUUAUUACAGAUUAGUGAUCUUUCAGACCAAAAGGUCCUGUUUAUAGUACAAACUAGAUUAACUAAUUAGUUACUGCUUGAGGCAGGACAUACAAUAGGCCAAAAACAGAACAAGCUGCUGCCCCAGAGAUGAGAGAAUACAGUUUACAAACACUUAUUCUAA